GGCCGCGUAGCGGACAUGGCGGGCUCCCGGCUCCCGAGGCAGCUCUUCCUUCAGGGCGUGGCCGUCGUCUUCGCGUUUGCCUUCGCGUCCCUCUACUUGCAGAUCCCGGGCCUGUAUGGUGCCGAGGGCAUCCUGCCUGCGCGGAGGACGCUGAGACCACAGGGCAAGGGGCGCUGGCAGCAGCUGUGGGAGACGCCGACGCUGCUGUGGGAGGCUCCGCAGCUGGGGCUGGACACCUCGCAGGGUCUGGAGCUACUGACCCUGCUGGGCACCCUGCUGGCCCUGGGCGCCCUGCUGCUGCGCCGGCUGCGAAACGUCUUCGUCUACCUGCUGCUCUGGGCGGCCUACCUGUCGGCCUGCCAGGUGGGCCAGGUGUUUCUUUACUUCCAGUGGGAUUCCCUGCUGCUGGAGACUGGCUUCCUGGCGGUGCUGGUGGCCCCCCUGAGGCAGCCCUCCCACGAUAAGCAGGCCCCCCAGGGUGGGCUGGCAGGGACCUCGCCCCACGAAGGCCUCCCCUUCUGGCUCGUGCGCUGGCUGCUGUUUCGCCUCAUGUUUGCCUCGGGUGUGGUCAAGCUGACCAGCCGUUGCCCCGCGUGGUGGGGGCUUACUGCCCUCACCUACCACUACGAAACACAGUGCCUGCCCACCCCUGCCUCUUGGUUCGCCCACCACCUGCCCGUCUGGCUGCACAGACUCUCCGUGGUGGCCACAUUCCUCAUCGAGAUCGCAGUGCCCCCUCUCUUCUUCGCCCCUGUGCGCCGCCUGCGCUUGGCCGCUUUCUACUCCCAGGUUUUGUUGCAAGUCCUGAUUAUCAUCACUGGCAACUACAACUUCUUCAAUCUGCUCACCCUGGUGCUCACCACCGCUCUUCUGGAUGACGGGCAUCUGACCGCCGAGUCUGGCGAUAGCCACUGCCGAAAGAGACCCACUUCCUGGCCCAGGGUGCUGUUGGCUGUGCUGUCUCUGCUGUUGGAAUUUACCGUCUAUGGGCUGCUGGCUCAUGGCACCAUACACUACUUUGGCCUGGAAGUUGACUGGGAGCAGCAUGCUGUCCACUCCAGAACCACCUUUACUUUCCACCAGUUUUCCCAGUGGCUGAAGACGGUGACCCUGCCCACCAUGUGGCUGGGGGCAGCCUCCCUCGCCUGGGAAGUGCUGACGGCCCUCUGGAGGUACGUGGUCCGGUGGGGUGGGGUAGAGCUGCGCCGGGCAGGCCUGACGGCACUUGGGUCCCCUGCCCCCAGGUGGACCCAGGUGCGAGGGUGGCUGAGGAGGUCCUGCACUGCGGCCCAGCUGCUCGUCUUUGGUGCUGCCACGGUGGCCUUGUUCGUGAUCAGCCUGGUUCCGUACUCCUACAUCGAGCCCUCGAGCCAUGGGCACCUGUGGAGCGGGGCGCACCGGCUGUUCGGGGCCGUGGAGCACCUGCAGCUGGCAAACUCCUACGGCCUCUUCCGCCGGAUGACGGGUCUGGGCGGGCGGCCCGAGGUGGUGCUGGAGGGCAGCUAUGACGGGCACCGCUGGACGGAGAUCGAGUUCAUGUACAAGCCCGGGAAUGUGAGUCGGCCGCCCCCCGUCGUGGUGCCCCACCAGCCCCGCCUCGAUUGGCAGAUGUGGUUCGCAGCCCUGGGCCCACACACUCAUAGCCCCUGGUUCACAAGCCUGGUCCUGCGCCUGCUGCAGGGCAGGGACCCUGUGGUCCGUCUCAUCCAGAAUGACGUGGCUAAGUACCCCUUCCACAAGCGGCCGCCCACCUACGUGCGGGCCCAGCGCUACAAGUACUGGUUCUCACAACCUGGGGAGCAGAGCCAGUGGUGGCGACGCCAGUGGGUGGAAGAAUUCUUCCCACCAGUGUCCUUGGGGGACCCGACGCUAGACAUGCUGCUCCGACAGUUUGGCCUCCAGGACAAGAGCCCACCCCGAGCCCGCGGCUCCGGCAACACCCUGGCCCAGGCCCUCCGCUGGAUACGGAAACAGCUCUCUCCGCUGGAGGCUUCCACCCUGCUCUGGGGGCUCCUCGCCGCGGUGGGGGCCAUUAGGGUCAUGCAGGCCCUGCUGGGGCCCCAUUCCCCCCGCUCCUCCCCUCUAGCCAAGGAGGAGAAGCACAGGCCAGCCGCCAAGAAGGACUCUGGAGCUGCUGGCAGACCGGCCGCCCCAGCCCCUGACAACGGCAGCAGCAGCAGUUCCCAGAUUCCCAGGAGGAAAAAGUAGCUGCAUUCUGCAGCCCCGUGUCCAGAGAGGGUCAGGGUGCCCACACGUCUCUGGCCUUCUGUGGCAGGACACAAUCCAGCCAGUGUGCCUUAGCUGACCGCCGUGACAGACACAGGAUAGGAUGCUGUCUUCUCAGGCAGGUUUUGGCCGCCCUGCGGCUUGGAGGGCCCACUCACCCCAAGACACAUGCCAACCCUAGCCUACCCCCUGGCCUUGACCCACAAGUCAGGCAUAUGACCCAGCUCAGGGUCUUCCCCAGGACGUUGUAACCAGGGCUGUGGGAAGCCCUUUCCCCUCUUUAAGGAGCCAAGUCUGAUGCGCCUGACUCCCGCCCCUGCACAAGAGUGGGUGAGGCAGACCUGCUGAGGAAGCGAGGGAGGAGGAGGGAAGAUCCUGAGAUCCAGGAACCAAUAAAGGAGCCUCUGUGCCCAGC